UUGACCGAUCUUGGCUUUUCCAUCGCCACAUCGAGUGUCCUGAGAAGUCCGGCACGCCGGCACUUUUUCUUGUCUUUUUUUCCUCCUCUCUCGUCUACAUUCUCCCGACCCGUCAAUCCUGCCAUUGUCCCAGUCAGUAUUCCGACGACCCUUGGGCCCCUGCAAGUCAAUCAUCUCGGCUCUCGUAGUACUUCCGAUUCGGUGGUUCAGUUCCGUCAAUUCCGUGCCACGUUCACCUUCCUCUUUCCUCCACUUUUUGCUCUUCACUUUGUCCUCAGCUUCCUCCUGUUUUUCUACUUCUUAGUCUCUUUUCCCUACCCCACCGGUAUCCAUGAGCCCCCAUCUGAUAUAGAAUUUCGCCUUAACGAUUGUGUGAAACUGAAGGGCCCUUCCCUUUUCCCUCUCUCACUCCGACAUCGCUUCAAACGUAAAUAA